AUCACCGUCUAUGACAACAACGGUGCCGCUGGUGCCUGCGGUGAGCCCCUCACCGACGACAUGAUGGUUGUCGCCAUUGCCAAGGGUGCAUGGAACGCCAAGGGUGGUUCCACGUACAAUGUCAUGACUGGUGCCUCCAGCAACCCAUGGUGCGGUGCUAAGAUCAACAUUGAGUACGAGGGCAAGACGUGCGAGGCCACCAUCAUGGACAUGUGCCCUGGCUGUGAUGGCCCUUACGAUAUUGACCUGUCCCGCGCUGCAUGGAAGGCUCUUGGUAUCACCGAGACCACCCGUCUCAAGGCCAACUGGAGCCUG